AUGUCCCAACUGAAGAUAACAUUACGGCCCCCUCCGAAUGUUGACUUCGUGCAGGGUUAUCCCGGUAUCCCGCCUGGCAACCCCGACCGGCCGCAGGCCGCGGUCAAGGGCGCGAUUGAGGUCCGUGUAGGGCAGCAGGGGGUCAAGGCCAAAUGGGUCCGCAUCGAACUCAGGAAGGUCGAGACCCUCCCAGGCGGUGGUGUCGCAAACACCUUCUUCGACUUCGUUGGUCAAAGCCCCAUCAACCUUUGGACAUCCCCCAACGAUGACUAUUCGCCGCUGCACACAAAUGACCUCAAUUUUUCCAUUCGGAUACCUGAAUCUAUUCCUCCAACUAUCGCACUCGAAAAAGGAGCCGGUAUCAAGUACGAGCUUAUCGCAUCCGUAUGUGUUCAGGGAAAGAAGGGUUUCUUGCGAAGGGACAAACCUACCAUCUCUGCCACUGCGCAAACUAUCAUCAUCGACAAGCACGAGCUGCACUCAACAUGGCCCAUCUAUUCACAACCGGAAACCCGCAACCAUUCUCAAGACGGCGUAACACUAAUCAUCGAACGUGCGCAUACGUGCUACGGACCAGGCGAUCGGAUUCAGGUGAUGGCGACUGUCAAGUCGGACACCCUGCACACCGUGGUUCUCCGUGGGUUCGAGUUUACGCUGCGCGAGACGACUGUCUUCCGUGCUGCUCCACAUACACAAGGGAAGAAGGGCGGUCCACAGGUGAAGGUGUCCAGCAUUGGCGAGCACAAGGUGCCUGUAAAUGUGACGCUCUACGGGGGUACGCAGCAUCGGGCCGAGCUCAGUCUUGCCGUGCCGAUACACCACACCUCUGCGACGAUCAACGCGGCUCGACACAUCGACAUCAACUAUGUCCUCACCGUGAAGGCCUUGAUGGGCACUGGGCAGCCAAUUAGUAUGGACUUGCCCAUCAUGAUUUCGAACUGGCCUCGCGCGGUCUCCGUGGAAGCGAUGAGACGGAUAGGACACGCAUUCAACGUGUCACUACCCAAUCAACAACAUCACACGGCGCCUGCCGCUCAACCACAAUCGGCUCCACUGCAACAACCCCAAGCCCACUCUAUUUCAACCCCGAUAGUCAUACACAACGCCUCCUCCAUCGAUUCGCGGCCUGGUCAGUCUCUGAACCAGUUCAGCACAGCUCCCGCAAAUAUGUCCACCCGCGCUGGUGGAGCAGACGAACUCGGGAUGCGCAAGAAAAGUAUCGAUGCACCCCUUCAGAACAUCCAGACCAUAGGCGCUACCGGGUACCAACGGCCGCGCGCAGGCAGCGGAACAUCGUCCGGAGACCACGGAUCCCCCGGAACUGGAGUGACGCGCCCACGCAGCAGUGGAAGGGGGGCGUCGCAGGUACAGCGACCCCUAACAAUCGUCAACUUGAAUGAAGACGAAUUGCGGGAGCAAGCACAGCUGGCCGCGGCCGAGCGCUCCCGUCGCCAGCCAUCUACGAUUCUUGAGAGCCCCGUGGCGCUCGAACCCCCACAACAACUGCCCCGUGCAGUCGCCGCCCCUAGGGGUACGGUCCCAUCUCAAUUCCCGUCGGCGGAGGAGGAGAAGGAGAGGUUGUACAAUCGGGCCGUCCAAGGAGUGCACCGUUUACAGGGUCGUGGGCCCCCAGAUUCGGCUACGAUCAGCGCCAACUCGGAUACAAGUUCAGUUAAAAGCCCAGGAGCUGCGCCUGCCAGCAGUACAAGCACCACCCACGCUCAGUGGCCUUCGGCUGAAGUAGAGAAGGCUUUGUACAGACAGGCUCAGGAAGCAGUUGCUCGUGCGCACGGCAGAGAAACCUCCGAGCCCACUGCUGCUACUACGAGCUCUCAACCUUCUGGCGAAGGCUCUGGACGUUCUCCCGGCAUGUCGGCCGGGGCUGCUCUGUACUCUGAAGCUAUGGCUUCGAUAAACCGCAACCCCUCCAUCCAGCAGUCUUCCAGCUCCGGAUCCGGGCCCGCUCCUCUCUCCAUCAACCCAGCUUCUCCCAUUACGAGUCCGUCGCCCAACUCCGCACGCCAAUCGGGUCCUCCCACCUCCGCCGCAGAUGAGAAGGCGAUGCUGGCGCGAUACUAUGAGGCGAAGCACGCCGUCUGGCAGACGCAGUCUGCACACUACGGUCGCGUGCCUGGUAACGCCGAGCCAGUCCCGUACGAUGCUCUGUAUCCGAACCAGCAAGGCUCUUCAGGUCUCCAGUCACCUCAGCAAAGUUCGCCGUCGCCCACCCCUGUACACUCACCUGCUCCUGCGCAGUCUCCCACUCCUGUAACAACCCCCAGCUCGGUGCAAUCUCCUGGCGGGGUGCCCCCAUCUUUCGCGGCAUCUGGUUCGUCGAUUCAUCCUAUCCUUUCGGAGAAGGAGCGUUUGCGCAGGCACUUCGAGGAACAGGAUGCUGCUUCUCAACGAGCCCAGCAACCCCAGCAGCCUAUCCCAGCCUCCCAACCAUGGAAUCCGGCCCCGCCCGCCGAGGACUACGCAUCUCGCCUCCUCCUGGCCCAUACCCCCUUCAGCCUCCAGCGCCGUACAGCGCGCAGUGCCUAA